AUGACCAUAUCACAUGAAGGGCAAUUAUUAUACACAUUAGGAUUUAUUCGCUGUAAAGAGAAUAACAAAGUAUUACUUUUAAAUAGAAACAAAGCACCAUGGAUGGGAUUAUAUAACGGAAUAGGAGGAAAAUUGGAAUCAGGUGAAACACCAUUAGAAAGUAUGAUUCGUGAAGGUAAUGAAGAGACAGGAUUAAAUUUACUUAAUUUUAAAAGUAGAGGAAUCAUGAGAUGGGAAGUAACUUACAGUGAUGAUGAAGAAGAAGAAGGAGAAAAAAGGGAUGGUUUCAAAAUUAAUAAACAUCAUAAAGAUCCAAGUUUAGGAGGAUUAUAUUUAUUUACUGCUGAUAUCUCAUUAGAACAAUAUGAGAAUUAUAGAACUCCAUUAGUUUAUAAUCAUGAAGGUAUAUUAGAUUGGAAAGAUUUAGAUUGGAUUUUACAUAAAGAUAAUUUAGGUGUCGUUGAUAAUAUUAAAAUUAUUUUUCAAAAUCUUUUUAAAAGUAAUCAACAUGAUUUAUUUACUGUCAAAUAUCAUAAUAAUCAUUUGAUAAGUUGUGUUUAUCAUCCAGGAAAGAAUCCAUUAACUGUUGAUUAA